AUCUGCCGGAGCGCACGGAGAGAGAAGCUUCCAUUUUACGCACCGAGCAGCGGCGAAAGCCCGGAACGACGACGUGUCGCUGUGCAGGCAUUCUGCUAUCUGCGAGGCUGCCGCGAUCUGAAGAAGCGAAAAACGCAAGCUGCUCUUUCAUCUCGUCAGCUUUGAGGAGGAGGCGGCGAGGGACCAGGGGUGUCCCCCCGUUUGUGUGUAACUCCGCGUGUGUGUGUUUGGAACAAGAGAGAGGAGAGAAGAGAGAGAGAGGGAGGAAAAGAGAGAGAGAGAGAUACGAGGGUAAAACAGAUCGGACGCGCGGCGCGGGAGACAGCCGCUUUUGGACACGUUUUGGAGACAGAAGCUGCCCGACUGCAAGGGUUGCACACGGAAAAAAUAAUAUAAACAGAACUUACUUUGCAUCAACUCUCCCGUCCAGAAUUUCUUUAUCGAGUUAUUCAUAUUAUUUCGGGGAGUUUUUUUUUUAAGCGUCACCCAAUCUGCAAGUUUGGCCGCUGAAGGACGCACCUCGGGACUUUGGCGCAGACGUCUCCCUGACUUCUUGCUGCUGGACAUGGGCGCAUCUGAGGCCAGACUGCGGUAGACGGAGGACUCGGAACUGCUGUCCUCUUUUCCUGCUAUCUCUUGCAGAGUGGACCCACUUUUGAAAGAGACUGUUUUUCUAUCUGGGCCUAAGGCCGACUUGUUUAAAGGUCCUUUUUUUUGCUUCCGGCAACAGCGAAGAGACCAAGUCUUCCUCCCUCAGCCCGCACUCCCUCUCUCACUUUUUUGGAAGCUGAACUUUUAAAGGAAAAUGGGGCAUUGAGAGGGUUGGCAGAUCUCCCCACGCUAUAAUGGCUACUGACACCUACCUGGUGAACGACGAUCCUUCUAGAGGCCCUGGGAUGCCUGAAUGUUUCCUCGUGUCUGAUACAUAUAGGGAUGAAUUCCACCCCUUCAUCGAGGCCCUGCUGCCCCAUGUCCGCGCCUUCGCCUACACCUGGUUCAACCUGCAGGCCCGCAAGCGCAAAUACUUCAAGAAGCACGAGAAGCGCAUGUCCAAGGAGGAAGAGCGUGCAGUGAAAGACGAGCUGCUGGGGGAGAAGCCAGAGAUCAAGCAGAAGUGGGCCUCGCGCCUGCUGGCCAAGCUCCGCAAGGACAUCCGGCCCGAGUUCCGUGAGGACUUUGUGCUCUCCAUCACGGGGAAAAAGCCCCCCUGCUGCGUGCUGUCCAACCCCGACCAGAAGGGCAAGAUCCGUCGCAUCGACUGCCUGCGCCAGGCCGACAAGGUGUGGCGGCUGGACCUGGUGAUGGUCAUCCUGUUCAAGGGCAGCCCCCUGGAGAGCACGGACGGGGAGCGGCUGGUCAAGUCUCCACAGUGCACCAACCCUGGCCUGUGCGUCCAGCCGCACCACAUCGGAGUGUCCGUCAAGGAGCUGGACCUCUACCUGGCCUACUUCGUCCACACGCCAGAAUCCGGACAAUCAGACAGCUCCAGCCAACAAGGGGACACAGACAUCAAACCACCGCCCAAUGGGCACCUGAAUUUCCAGGACUGCUUCGUCACUUCAGGGGUGUGGAAUGUCGCAGAGCUGGUCAGAGUGUCACAGACACCUGUUGCCACAGCGUCAGGUCCUAACUUCUCGCUGGCUGACCUGGACAGCAGUCCCAGCUACUACAACAUCAACCCGGUGGCUUUAGGGCGACGCUCCCUCACCUCCCCUCCUUCCACUAGGUCGGAUGUGGAGUUGUACGCAAACCUUCCACGGAGCUCCAACAAGAGGAAGUCAUUAGACGACAGUGAGCUGGAGAGCCCCACAGAUGAUGUUUUCUACCCCGGACGCUCGCCUGCUGCCAGCUCCUCCCAGUCCAGUGCGUGGCCCAACGACAUGGAUGCAGUGCAGCACCAUUUGGCGAGUGUGCAGGAGAGGAAGAUAAAACAUGAAAACGAUGGCGUGCAGUUUCCUUACCAUGGACUGUCCUCGCCUGGUUCACUUAAGAAGCCGGGGAAGUUUGAUUUCAACGCCCUGACUUCCCAGACGAGGUCCCCCCGCAUGGCGUUCACACACCACCCGCUGCCUGUGCUGGCAGGAGUGAGACCAGGGAGUCCCCGUGCCUCAGCCUCUGCUCUGCACUUCCCCUCCUCCUCUAUCAUCCAGCAGUCCAGCCCGUACUUCACCCACCCCACCAUACGCUACCAUCACCACCAGGACCCUCUUAAGGAGUUUGUGCAGUUCGUGUGCACCGAUGGCACAGGACAGCCCAGCGGUCAGCCUAAUGGAGGUGGCCAGAGCAAAAUGCCGGGCUCCUUCCUGCUGCCCCCGCCACCCCCGGUGGCACGCCCUGUGCCCCUCCCCAUGCCCGACUCUAAAAUCAUCACGCCCACUGACGGCGGACUCAGCUCACCCGCAUCUCCGUCAUACUCCACGCCAGGCUCCACAGCUCCCAACCGGUUUGUCGGCAUCGGAACACGGGACAACUUUCUGAAUAUUCCCCAGCAAACUCAGUCCUGGUUCCUCUGACAAGGCCUCUCAGAAUCAGGAGCUAAAAUUGUGUCAUGAAAUUGGAGAUUUGAAAAACAAACACAUCACCGCUGCUUAAGAACAGACUGCUGACACUAAAAGGUCUUUCUCUCUAGCCAACACUAUUCAAAGUACUACUACAGAACACCCCCCCCCCCCACAAGAGGACUCCCAAUCCAACAGAAUUCGAACAGGAACGUUCGCCCUCCUCUACGCAGGACGCUUCAAUGAGAUGGACAGGCUCAGAAUGCAAGAAGAGGAAGAUGAGGAACUGUCUCUCACACACCACAACAUGUCAGAAAUGAAACACAAUAUGGCAAACUGACAAAUGACCAAUUAUACAUUUGUUGUUUCUUUUGUUUUAUGAUUUCCUUUUUUUAUUUUGUUGUCUCCACAAUGAAACUCCAUGCAUUGGCCAGGAGAUCCAAAAAUGUUAGUGGUAAAAGUCAAAAUCGUAUGUGCAAGUUGACAAAAAUUGACUUAAUUUGCACACCUCCCUAUCUGUGUAUUUCGCCACGCACUUAACCCCCAGGUGCAAAUCCCACCUGACCCCCCCCCCCCAGCAUUGCCCAGGGUCCAGACCGUCAUCCACAGCCACAUGCCUGUGUGUGUGUUGCCACACUCUGCCGCUCCAUUCGCUCAGCCCUGAACCUCUUUUCAUUUCUGAUUGGCCAAUCAUGGUGACACCAUCAAAUGGUGUGACAUAUAUGCACUAAGUGGCUGGUCUUUGUUUACCUGUCAAAGUAUCAGGGCGUCCUGCUGUGGGAGAAGUGAUAGCCAUGAGGCGAGUGCGCGCGAGUGAACACACGACAGACAGUCAUAACACUAACUCUACACGUGCUCUUUCGUCCCAUCACCUAUGCACUAUUAAUUUUUAACAAGGGAUGAACAGUAUUGCACAUCGAUGGUCAGACGAGCGAUUAGGGAAGUGAGUCGAGGCUGGCGGCCUCCGCAGGGAUGUGGCUAAUACUUAAGUCUAGGCCCUGAAACAUGCAGCACACACAUAAACACACACACGCAUGCUUGCAGACAGUAUACCACAGACCAUCGUCUCCAGAACAGUCUGUCACAUAACCACCCAUAACAUCAUCUUGUUAGUAUACAGAGACAAGGAAUUUAAUUUACAGUUAUGCACAUGCAGCAUCAAACUCAUAUUAUUAGCUUUUAUUUUGUUUUUAGGUGUUUUCUUGCGAUUUUCCUUUUUUUUGCCAGAUUUGGUUUUGGUUUUUGUCCCACUUGGAUUGUUUUAACUUUUGCUUGCAUGCCAUAACACUUUUUCUUUAGUUUGCAGUAAUACGUUUAGUAUCAUGCUCAGAUUUCAGCGAAACGGUAACAGCAGUUUCUCAAAUCUCUCACUUUUGGACAGCACAGUAACAACAACUCAUCACAUGCAUCCCUUGCAUUGCUUUACCCUUUAUCCCUUAGUCCACUCACAGAGAAAUCCUGAGGACUACACACACACAUACACACACACAAACACACGUAAAAUGCACACUAAAACCACCAACAACCUGACAUAAUAUAAUAAAGGGAAUCCUUUAUAUUUGGUUCUCCAAACUGCCUUUGUUAAUGGUUUUUCAUUGACUUAAGAAUUGUCUUUUUAAUUUGAGAUAUUUUUUAUAUGUUCACAUUGAAAUUUGCUAUUGGUAUUAUUUUCAUCAUGACACAAUCCAACAAAAGCCGACCUCACAAAAUAACUGGACUGCCUAGCUGUUGGUUCUUUUUUGCAGGGAUUGUAAGCAGGGCUGAGACCCUAAUCUCAGCCUCUAGUAACAUUAGCUCUAUGUACUAAAACCAUAUAAUAAGACUAUAACAAUAUAUGAAAGUGCCUCUGUAUUCCCUUCAUGCAAUUAGUAAUAACUUCAGGUUCUCUUCCCACAUAUAAGCUAAAGCUACAGGGAAUGGUAGCGUUGGUGCAUGUGGAACCAUUGGCCUACGACAGAUCUUUAUAGAAGACUGCAAACUUUUUUUGUAAAGACACAGAGAGAGAUCUUAUACAUAUAUAUUUAUGAUAUAUGCUCCUUUUUACCUUUUACUACAUGAGCUGAUUGGCAGUCUAGUUAUUUUCUGACUCUCACCCCCCCCCCCCCCCCCCCCCCCCCCCCCCCCCCUCCACAACCCGUUUCAGUAACAUCACCUUACUGUUACCAGUACGAAUCGAAUGACACACGCCAUCGCCAUCUGCAGAGCAGCAUUAUAAUACCUAGAUAAACAUGUCAAAAAUCGACAGUAGGUUUGAAGAAGAAAAAAAAAGUGUUUUUUGAUGGAAAGUAUUAUUAUUGAAAAAUAUGUGUCGAUUGAGCCACGUGCAAUGCAUUGGGUAGAUCAUUGUGUUUGUCUGUUAGAGAUUUUUAAGAAAGCUAAGAGAAAAGUGAAAAAAAAUGUAUUUGUUUCAAGUCCAUAUGCUCCGGGACUCUAAACUAGAGGGCCAUGAAAAAUCCUAGUCUUUGUAAGUUGGGGGUAUUUGUUUUUAUUUCCUUUGUCUCUUUUUUAAUGUUUUAUGUGUAAUCAGUUGUUUAUACAAAUGUGGGAGGGCUGAAGGAAAAAAAUCUACAUAACUUGAGAAAAAACUAUUCUCUAUCAGAUGAAAAACUGGUGCUUUAACAGUAUAAAGUACAUUCAGAAUUAUUGUAAAUGAAUGGUAAUGAACAAAAAUACCAGACCAUUUAGGAAACAGCAUUAUUCCUCUCUAUUUUUAUUCUUCUUCUAUUUGUAUUGAGUGGGGGGAGAGGUUCCUUUUCCUUAAGGUUGUGACACAAAAGGCAUUUUGGUUCAACCUUUAGAAAAACAAAAACAAACCUAUUUUGUUCAGACACUUCAAAUGAUUUACCUGUGCCCUGCCUGAAACUCACCAGCAGAAACCCUGUAACCCCUGCAAUGCGGGAGAUGCUUCACAUCCAGAGAUAUUGUAUCCCUAUGAUCAGAUUGAUAUGUUCCUGAAGCUAGAGCUGAAUACAAAUCAGCAGGUUGUGUUAACACCCACUUGCAAUGGAAAUAGUAUUAAGAUAGACCUUUUGUAUUGUGCGCAGAUAACGGAAAAAGGGCAUCAACAUUAUUGUAAAAUCAGGAAAGAACCUGAAGUCUAAAUGAUUUUUGAAGCAGGCAGCAAGGUGAGCCUCUCCCCUGUUCCACCCCCUCCUCUGUAAAUGACUCUUAUAGUGCUUGUGCUGUAGUGUAUAGUUUCCCAGCAGUUAAAGGUUGUCCCUUAAAAGUGCCUUUUGUUCACAGACUCCAUUUUGUAAUCCAGAUCGCCCCUCUUUUUUUUCGAAGUGGCUCGAGGUAGCAGGUUGCCCCUGAGUGCAGCGAGGAGGCAAAAGGUUGCUAAGCGCUCAGGGACUACUUUUUUCCUCCUGCCUUCGAAAUGAAUCCCCUCCAUUGUACUUCCCCUAUAUCCUCUCUUCCUUUUCAAAGCCGUAUAUAUAUACAUAUAUAUAUAUAGUACAAAAGGAAACUGGUGUGAAUUAGUUCUUUACUUUUUAUUGAUAAAUGAUGACAAAAAAAAACAUUUUUUGAAAAGGCAAAAAAACAUGUUCUCGUUCAGCUCUUGCUUUUUUCUUCCCCUCUGUCUCCACUGUCUGUUUUCUCUUAGACACUGGAGUAGUCUGUAACUGUGUGUCCGUCACUCUCCGUCUCUCUCUCUCCUAUCCUCUCCGCUGAUGGGAGGGUGAAAAAAAAAUAUUGCCGAAAAACUUUUGUCUGAGCAGAAUGCAGUUAGCUCACAUGUUAUUCUUGUCUGUAUGCUUCACAUUGUAUUACCAUACCCAUCUUCUUCAGCUUCUCCAUUCAACAGCUAAUGUAAGUGAACAAAUUACGCUGACGGGCUUUUGGGGGUGUCCUUGGGUGGGUUAGGAAAGGACGACGGGUUCAGGGGUUUGGGUUGAGGGUAAUUUACGGAGAUUAACGGGGUAUGGAGGGCUGGAUGAACUGCUUUGGGAUGUUGGAAAGGGGCUGCUUUGACUAGGAAAAGAGUUUGCUCUUUUGUUUUAGCUAUUUAUUUUCACCUUUGUUUUAUCCCCCCCCCCCUCCCUUUUUUUUGUUUAAUUUUAAUUAGGAUUUCUUUGAAUCUAUGCUAUCAGGGUAUGCUGUUGUUUAGGCUCUCUUAGAGAAUGCCUUUGGACUGUAAAUGAAAGCUACAAGCACCUUAUGAGCGGACUUGUCCUGCACGGGGCUGAAAGAGGGGGGUUUGCAUUUCCAGGACAUAUCCACUUAAACCAAUCUUUUAAAGUGAAGUAUUAUUGUUCACGGUGGGUCUCACACAGAGAAACCCUCAGCAGUAUUAACCAUUUACAACACACCAACCAGAAAGAUAAAAGGCCAGCAUGAACCUGAUCUCUCAGAUUUAUUUUGAGGAUUCAGGGAAGUCCCUCCAUUUUUCUCCUCUGACCACCUCAUGCUGGACUGCUCCGUGUCUUUGUUCUGUUGUUUAUUUUUUGUUCUUUAUCUUUUUAAGCGUGUAUGGUUAUCGGUGUAUAAAGCAGCACCCUUAGCCCCCCUGACUCCCAGCCCUUCUACGCCUCUGUCUAAGCCCUCAGCGCAGCACCACUUCUUUGUGAGAACACCCCCAGAGCUCUAGGUGAAAUGCAUGUGUUAAUUACAGUUUCUUUUCCAUAAGAAGAAAAACACAGUUUGAGAAGAGCAGCACCUGAUUGAAUAAAAAGGAUGUUCUUGACUGUA